GAAGGACACGUCCGACUGGUCGGAAUCAGCUAAUGGAUCUUCGCAAAUGGAUGCUCUCUCCUUGGAGUCUGCCAGCAAGGAAGCCUAUUUCAGCAGAGUAGAAACAUUCACCCCGCUGAAGUGGGCAGGCAAACCCCACGAGCUGUCUCCCCUGGUUUGUGCCAAGUAUGGCUGGACCAAUGUGGAGUGCGACAUGCUGAAGUGCUCCAGCUGCCAGGCCUUCCUCUGCAUGAGCCUGCAGCUCGCGUUUGACUUCAACAAGUAUAAGGAGCGCUGUGUGGAGCUGAAGAAGGCCUUGUGCACCGCGCACGAGAAGUUCUGCUUCUGGCCGGACAGCCCCUGUCCAGAUCGCUUUGCCAUGUUGCUGGUGGAUGAGCCCAGAGCCCUUCUCCAGGAUUUCCUGGACCGCUUUCAGAGCCUCUGUCAGCUGGAGCUGCAGCUGCCCUCCCUCAGACCAGAAGACAUGAAAAACAUGUCCCUGACAGAGGAGAAGAUCAGUCUGCUCCUCCAGCUGAUCGGGGAGGAACUAGAGCACAAAACGGAGGGAGAGAAACCACCGAUGAAGUUUGCCACGGAAAUCCUGCAAGUGCACAUUCCUGCCUGCAUCCUGGCUCUGUGUGGCUGGACUUGCAGCACUGCGUCUGGCUCCAUGCACCUCUCAGUGAUCACCUGCUCCCGCUGCAUGAGGAAGGUGGGACUGUGGGGCUUUCACCAGCUGGAGUCUGCAGGGCCGGAGCUGGACUCCUGCGGCCCAAGCGGCACACCACCGGCACCUGCUGAGCGCUUCCCGCUCGUUCCCACUUCUCCACGUAGGAUGCUUACCCGGAGCCAAGACACGCUCCCUCCGGGCUCUGAGCAGCAAGAGAAGAGCCCAUCCCCGGCCAUCUCUCGCUCGCGGGGCUGGGACUCUCCCAUCCCCAUGGACCGGGGUGAGUUGGAAGUGGCCAGCCCCGCUUUGAGGAGCCGCCCCGUCACCCGCAGCAUGGGGCAGGGGGACAACGUGGAGGUGCCAUCCAGUCCUCUCCGCAAAGCCAAGCGGGCACGGCUCUGCUCUUCCAGCAGCUCGGACACUUCUUUGAGGAGCUUCUUUGACCCCAGCUCACAACAUCGCGACUGGUGUCCCUGGGUCAAUGCAGUGGAGGGAGGGGAAGCCCCAGAAGAUACUGUAACCCAGACGGAGAAGGAGCCUGCGAAGGCAGAGCCGGGUUGGCGAGUGGUACUGAACACGCUCCUUGCCACCAGAAAGUGCGACAGCAUGCCUGAGACGGAGCCUGUGAGUCUCUCGGUGAAGUCCUGCAAGGUGUUCCGCAUUUUCCGGCAGUGGGAGAGCAUGAAUUCCUCCUGA